AUGGAAAGUUUUUACAGUCAUCCGACAGGACUCGUCACCUGGAUCGCCCGCUUCCUUCAGUUAAUCAGCGCAAUUAUUGUCCUUGGAAUCACAGCCUGGGCUGUUCGAGACACAAAGACCGUCACGGUCAUCUAUUCUCUGACUAUUGCUGCUUUGACCGUGGUGAUCAUCCCUUUCGCAAUUGGUAUGAGCUGCAUGUCGCGACGCCAUCGAUGGCAUGUUCUUCCUCUGAUCGCCAUUGACGGAGCUCUUUCCUACUUAUGGCUCACAGCGGCCGUAUUUCUGGCCCUUGAUUUCAAUCAAAUGAGCUGCCGUGUUAUUCGUUGGAAUGGAGAAACGGUCUGUAGCCGGAAGUACACCGCUGAAGCUUUCAGUUUCAUUGCAUUCUUUACAAUCCUCAUGAGUCUGUCCGCUGAGAUAGCUUUUAUUUAUUCUGUGAGACCAGGAACUUUGCGGAAGAAGGAGGAAGUACAGGCUGAAGACCGCAUAACCCAGAAUCUGAACGCAGCUGGUGUGCUUUAG